CACAUCUUUUAUGAGUUGAAUACAUUGUUUGAGUGCAAUCUCAAAGUCACUUUUGUUUUCUUAGUUAUUUGAUAAUACAUAGUAAGUUCUAGAGAGCUUAUAGUAGUUAAAUCUAGGAAGGACUAGAGGAACUUUGAUUAGUUAGACUCGAUUUUUGCAGUUUAGUUAAGCUCAAGAUAGCUAAAUUGUAUCUCACAAUUGCUCGAACAUAACAUAACUACAUCAAAUUAAAUAAAAUAUAGCUCACACUACUUGAAGAUUGGACUAACCCAACUCAACGAUACUCCCUGUAACUCAAGUCGACGAUAGUGAUAAAAAUAGCUAGAAAUAAGUGACGCUCGCUGUUGGAAAUCGUUGAAGUAGUUUAGUGGUGUAAAACAAUUGGUGCCACAUAUCACAUUGUACUUGUACGAACACAUUCAUGAAGAAGACGCUACAUGAUUGACAAGUGCACUAAUAGUGAGUAGGAAUGACAAAAAUAUCCGUAGCUGUGGAUAUCCGCCCGAAUCCAGCCUAAUCGGGUAGGGUAAUACCUAAACCCGAAAGACAUUUAGUGGGUACGGGUAAAACCCGAAUAAGAAUAUUGCGGGUAAUGGGUGGGCAUGAGUUUCUCACUAUCCAACCCAAACCGCCCGAUUUUACACAUGCAUAUGUAUUUUGUCUAGAAAUAAUAAUUAUUUUUCUCUAACAUAUUUUAUAUUUAGCAUAUAAAUAUAAUAUUUUCAUGAAAGUGUGUUGUUAUAAUUAAUUUUCUUCAUUCUAGUGAAUUAUUGUCGUACUUUCCCUCUUACGUAAUGUGAGAAUACGUGCGAAUUUUAACAUAUUGGUUGGAGUUAUGAAGAGAAAUUACUACCCAUGGAUAACCAUAGAUACCCGAAACCCGAACGGGUAUGAGUAUGAUUUUAAUUUUCUACCCGUUUCACAUGUGGGUAUGGGUAUAUGUAAAACCCAAACUACUUUGAGUGGACUAAUAGAUAUGCACUAUCCGCCUCCGACCCGACCUAACCCAUUGCCAUCCCUAAAAUUAGUGAGUGACACAUGGUAAAAGGAAGAAGAAAAAACAACUAGCCAUCUAUUGUAGAUAGACUCGAUUAGUUACUUGCAUAUAAGCCUAAAGACAAUGAGUUUUGGAACUAGCAAUGGUGGUUAUUUGCAGAUAACCAUAGGGUGAUAUAAUCCUUGAUCCUUGUUUGGCCUUAACUAGCUGGAGGUUUAUAUGAGGUUUUGACCACUCAUUAAACAAGAACAAAAUAAGGAAAAAGAUGAAUAUUCAUUGAUUAGCCGGACCGAAACCGAUACUCUUGGGCCAUCCAAGAAUGACUGCAAGGCAUAAGCUAGUAGUUGCUCAAUUGACAACCAGCCUGCAAAUAAAACGAGCAUAAGUUUCUUCAAACCGUAGCUUAGCAAAAAGCCAAAUCCUCAGCAUAGAUUGCUGUUCGUAUCUGUCCAAGAACCAAGACUCUUGGGUUGACCGAAGAUUCUGAUGCCAGGCGGCAAAAACCACUUGGCGACGAGUACGAGAGAGCAACUUCUGCCUUCUUCCUCCCGAUCCAAACCUAACGGAUUGCUCAAUGCAACGACAGCAACCUUUUCGACUUCGGGCUUUCCUCCCAUCAUUUUCUCACCUUAGCUGUUCAUCGGUAUUAAGUCUGUCACUUCUCCAACUUCUCUACCUGCACUCAUAUUCCGGCUCUUAUCGCUAGAGCUUCUUGGGGGGGUUGUUCCAUCAGGAUGGCACACAAUGCUCACGAGACUGUGAUCAGCAUAGGCAAGCCAGCGGGUUUCACUGGCGGGCUUGAGUUCACCGACCUCACAUACUCCGUGACCUCGAAGAAGAAAGUGGAAGGGAAAUGGGUCAGCAAAGAAAUCGAUCUCCUCAACAGAAUCACAGGGUAUGCACCAAAGGGCUGCAUUACUGCCGUUAUGGGGCCUAGUGGAGCUGGGAAAUCCACUCUGCUUGACGGGUUGGCGGGUAGGAUUGCCAGUGGGAGCUUGAAAGGCAAAGUCUCGUUGGACGGUAGAGAGACGAGCCCUGGAUUGAUCAAGAGAACUUCUGCUUACGUUAUGCAAGAUGAUCGUCUCUUCCCCAUGCUCACUGUCUACGAGACACUGCUCUUCGCUGCCGAUUUCCGGCUGGGCGCAAUCCCCAUCUUCGAGAAGAAAGAUCGGGUCGAGAAGCUGAUCGACCAGCUUGGCUUGUCCUCUACCAGGAACACUUACAUUGGAGAUGAAGGAACCAGAGGAGUCUCUGGAGGAGAGCGGCGGAGGGUCUCCAUUGGUGUUGACAUCAUCCAUGGCCCGUCUCUGUUAUUCCUCGACGAACCCACUUCAGGGCUGGAUUCAACGAGCGCCAACAAUGUGAUCGAGAAGGUCCGCGGCAUAGCGGAAUCGGGCAGCACAGUGAUCCUGACAAUCCACCAGCCUUCAUCGAGGAUCAUCCAACUGCUGGAUCAUCUCAUCAUCCUUGCUCGAGGACAGCUCAUGUAUCAGGGAUCGCCCACCGAUGUGCCUCGCCAUUUGGGGAGAAUGGGGAGGAAAGUGCCCAAAGGGGAGAGCUCGAUCGAGUACUUGAUCGAUGUGAUUCAGGAGUAUGACCAAUCUGAUUUAGGAGUUCAGGUUCUGGCUGAGUUCACUAGAACUGGGAUGAAACCACCGCCGCUGGCUGGAGGAGGCGAUCUGUUAUCGACGGUGGCGCGAACCCCUCUUCCAUCCCGCCUCGCCAACAAGGCGGCUGCAAAACAGAGCGCUGCCUCUGGGAAGCAGCGGCUUCAUUUGAAGGCGGCGGGGAUCGAGCAAGGUGGCGGCGAUGAUGAUUUUGAUCGCAGUAUCAGGAGCCCUUCAUGGAGCGGUACACCUACUGGAAUCAUGCAGACUCUCAGGUUCACUCCUUCCCGUCAGAGGAAAGAAACAAAAGCACACAACACAAUGAGCAUCUCUUCCCCGGGAUACUAUGCGUACUCGAGCGAGAUUCUGGCCAGCACCCCGACCCCUCACAGCAGCGAUUACACCGUAAACGAGAACGAUUACUUAACUCCCGGCGCUGCUUCCUACCUGUCACCUCACGGCCCGAAAUUCGCAAAUUCCUUCUUCGAGGAGACAUGGAUUCUAAUCAGACGCAACUUCAAGAACAUCCGCCGCACUCCCGAGCUCUUCCUCUCCAGGCUGAUGGUCCUCACCGUGAUGGGAUUCAUGAUGGCGACCAUGUUCAUGAAUCCCAAAGCCGACCUCCAAGGGAUAACCAACCGCCUCAGCUUCUUCAUCUUCACCGUCUGCCUCUUCUUCUUCUCGUCGAACGACGCCGUUCCGGCCUUCAUUCAGGAGCGGUUCAUCUUCGUCAGGGAGACUUCACACAACGCCUACAGAGCGUCAUCCUACACGAUCGCUGGCGUAAUCACUUACCUCCCUUUCCUGCUGCUACAAUCGGCCGUCUACGCGGCCAUUGUCUGGAACGCCCUCAAGCUCCGCGGACCGUUUUACUACUUCUUGCUGGUCCUCUACGUCUCUCUGCUCUCUACCAAUUCCUUUGUCGUGUUCGUGAGCUCCGUGGUGCCGAAUUACAUCCUGGGUUACGCUUCGGUGAUUGCGUUCACGGCUCUCUUCUUCCUGUUCUGUGGGUAUUUCUUGAGCAGCGCCGAUGUUCCGCCGUACUGGAAGUGGAUGAACACGAUCUCCACGAUUACGUAUCCGUACGAAGGGCUGCUGAUGAAUCAGUAUCAGACGGAUGAGGUGUUCGGGAGCACGAAAGAAGGGCCGAUUACCGGGUUCGGGAUCCUGCAUUCUCUGAAUAUCAGCGGGGAAGAAUCAGAGAAGUGGAAGAGGAUUGCGGCUAUGUUGGGUUGGGCCGCUCUUUACAGGGUGCUGUUCUAUGUUGUUCUGCGAUUCUUCUCCAAGAAUCAGAGGUCGUAACUAAGAGCCAUGAAGGAUGGUGGUAUAUGACUGUAUUCUCUUAUGUUUUCCGUUCUAUGAGAAUUUUGAUUUUCCUAUUUUAAUUGUGUUCAUAUAGUUGCUUGGAGUUGAACAGAAUUGUUGACAUGGGGAAUUGUUUGUAAUCAUUAAUCAGUAGUCGCUGCAGGGGUAAGGAACUUUCAAGAAAAUAACAAAUAGUGAUGUUGUUGUAUUUGCCUUAAUAAGGCGAGAAUAAACGUUGUUUGCCAAGUUUUAGGGAUGCGUCUGUAGAGUAACAGAGUUGUCAAAUGUUUAUGUAGACCAAUAUUGUUCGAACCAAAGCGGAGUAUGAACUGACCACCCAUUUGUGCUCUUUGUCGAUUCCCUUACGAUUGGCCUAGAUGGUAUUGGAGAUGGAUAGCAGGAGAUGGAGCUCAGUUCAGAGCUGCGUUGUUUUCCUGGUUGCCAACGAAGUUGGAUCGAUAUUCAUGUGAAGUGUGUUGGAAAAUCGAAGUGUCAAGCCUUUCCUCCGUAUCGGUCAUCAAUUGGAGAUUGAUAUUUGGAAGCGAAUCACAUUCUUUUCCUCUCCUAGGCUAGCACCCAGUCUAGACAAUCGAUUGGUGACGGAGUAAGCUUUUAUUCCAUUCGUUUACCCUUCUAAUUAAAUUCGAGAUAAUAAUAGAAAGAGAGAUCAUUCCAACAUUGCAAUCAAUUCAUCCACAUGUAGGUUGAAGGAUUUACACUUAAAGGGCAAGAAGGAGAGAUGAGAGGGAACAUGGCUUCAAUUUGAGGACUAUAUGGUCAUUUGAUUUUGCUGAUCAAUUAUUCACCAACAAUCUCCAUAUCGAUCGCCAAGCACUUUUGUUGCUACCGCUUCAGAGGAAGCAGACCCGGAGAGUUUGAGAAGAUGGGAAUGGUCGGAUCACAUCAUAGAUAAGACCAUCGAAUGCUAGGCUUCUCUGAAAAACAAUUAAUCAAAGGUAGUUGGUCGAACAACCAUCCACUGUAGGGCCAAAUGCAAUUUUUGAAGAGUGGCAUUUAAAGGAAAAAGUGAGGCAAGGAAAUGAAGGAAGUUAUGGAUUUGAACGGCUCCAUUGUUGCUCUGCCUUCUAUCUCUGGUGCCAAGCUCGAGUCUCCUCAAACUCCAUCAUUCUCUCACGCUCCAAAGCAUCGCAGUAUUGCUCGUUCAAGGUCUGGUAGGUAGUCAAGUACUCCUCCUACCUCUCCAUGGCUGCUUCCAACUAUGUUAGCUAGACUCCAUAGUGUCCAAGAUGAGAUGGUGAUGGUGCUUUGCCAACUCCAUAUCCAUGCUCUUGUAUCCUUUGUAGGUGCAUGAUCGAUCUCCCUGCCUCCGUCCAUGCAUAGUAGAGUGGGCAAACAUUACUGGCGAGGUCUACUCCUUUGUGUGUAACCUUCUCUACUCCAAAGGUGUAUGUUGGCUACCUAUGCAUCGGUCAUUCCUUGCUAGGGUAUCCCACAAAUAGAAUUCAUACUCCUCUCUAUGCUCGUCUAUGUGUUGGGCUAUAGUUAGAAUAUAGCUCCUUCGUAGUAGUUCUUGUGAAGUAAUGGAUGUGUACCUCAACAGGUUCUCAACCACCAACCAUGUUGGAUGAAGCCACCAGUUGUUCAGCAAUAUGAAACAGGAUCAUGUCAUUUGUGUUCACCUUUCCAAAAUCUCCUCUAUACCUCACGUGAAAGUUAGUUCGGCCAAAGUAGUGCACAAACCUAAGGAAUGGCGACCAAAUGUGGGCUGGUGGUGAGUAGCCAAUAGCAAACUCAGCCUUCUGUUUCAUAGUGAUUGUCAUCCGUAGCUCUCAUAACACAUCCAAUAGUUGUGACUCAACUUUAGGGAUCCAGUGAUGGAGAAAAAAGAGGAGGAGCAUUCGUGUAGACAUUCGUUUAGACAUUCGAGGUGCUGCAUACUCUUACUCCGCUCGUGAUGGACUGGGAUAUCAUAGUGCUCGUGAAGAAGAAGCAUAAUCAUCUCCCUUCUUUUUGUGCUUUUUAAGCCAUCCUAGUACGCAAUUCAUUUUCCUGAUCAAUAGAAAGAAACCUAAGUUAGAAUAGAUGAAUAGGGGAAUAAUUGAUGACACUUCAUUUAUAGUGUUUAUCACUCCCAUAUUUUGAUACAAUUUCCCUUAUAUCAAUGCAUCUUUAGUGGUUUUAAUUAUAUUUCAUAUAGAAUUCAUAAUUAUUUGGAUAAUGAGUUUAUGAUAGACCUUGAGUGUGUUUCGGUACUGUUUGAUGCCUUUUUUAUGUUGUUUUGUGAUUUUCAAAGACUAUCAACCACUUUAGACAAUUAUGGAUUACCAAGGGGCCUAAUGGAUCAGAAGUAGGACGAGAAUAAAAGCUCAUGGACUCAAAAAGGUUGAAUUUGUACAUCAGAAGCUCACUUAAUGACCAAUACAAGUAGAUCAUAUAGUGAAGCAAGCCCAACUAUUGACCGAUGUCCAAUCGGAGUUCUACAAGUCAGACAUGUGGAGCACAAGCAACCAAGUAGUAACACCGCACUCUAAAACUCAUGGGUUGAACCAACAGUUCACCCGCACAGUGGAAUCUCUACCGGGGAUUACGCUAAACUCAACUCUUUUACCACUGAUAACAACAUCAUUUUUAAUACAACAUCCACAACAAUCAUUUCUCAAAUUACUCAUCAUAUACAUAUACCAAAGAAAAACUCAUAAUCAUCUGAGGGUAGAAGUGCAUGCCCUUUCUACAUCUAUGUGGAUGAAUUGUUGAAAAUGACGACUAUAGAAAGGUUUGGGUAGCUUACUAUAAAUAUCCAUUGUUUAC